ACGGUCCCAGCCUGCCCCGCGCGGGCCAACGAGAGCCAGCCCAGUGACUCACCUCUGCCGCGCUAACUCUUCGCAGCUCUUUCCUGCACUCACGCUCGCCCCCGACUCGAGAUGGCGGCGGCGGCGGCGGCGGCGACGGCGGCGGCGGCGGCGGGGGACUCAGACUCCUGGGACGCGGACACGUUCUCUAUGGAGGACCCGAUGCGGAAGGUCGCGGGCGGCGGCACGGCCGGCGGGGACCGCUGGGAGGGUGAGGACGAGGACGAGGACGUGAAGGAUAACUGGGAUGAUGAUGAUGAUGAAAGUAAAGAGGAAGCAGAAGUCAAACCCGAAGUAAAAAUUUCAGAAAAGAAAAAAAUAGCAGAAAAGAUAAAAGAGAAAGAACGGCAGCAGAAGAAAAGGCAAGAAGAAAUUAAAAAGAGGUUAGAAGAGCCGGAAGAACCUAAAGUGCUAACACCUGAAGAGCAAUUAGCAGAUAAACUUCGGCUAAAGAAGCUGCAGGAAGAGUCAGACCUUGAAUUAGCAAAAGAAACAUUUGGUGUUAAUAAUACAGGUUAUGGAAUAGAUGCUAUGAACCCAUCUUCAAGAGAUGACUUCACAGAGUUUGGAAAGUUACUAAAAGAUAAAAUUACACAAUAUGAAAAAUCACUAUAUUAUGCCAGUUUUUUGGAAGCCUUAGUUCGAGAUGUCUGUAUUUCAUUGGAAAUUGAUGACUUGAAAAAGAUUACCAAUUCAUUGACUGUGCUUUGCAGUGAAAAACAGAAGCAAGAAAAGCAAAGCAAAGCCAAAAAGAAGAAGAAAGGCGUAGUUCCUGGAGGGGGAUUAAAGGCCACCAUGAAAGACGAUCUGGCAGAUUAUGGUGGAUAUGAUGGAGGAUAUGUACAAGACUAUGAAGACUUCAUGUGACAUUUUACCUUCUCCUGGUGUCUUCUUUCUGUUGCCCACAAUCCCUUCAACAUGUAGCACAACUUCCUUUCUUUUCAGUUCUGCCAAAUGCUACAAUCAGAAGUGCAGUAUCUUUUGUGCUGGUUAUUUAACCCCUUGACACUCAGGUGCUAAUGAGCAAAUGAGGGAACUUGGAUCUUGUUGCCAAGGGGUUAAAAUUGGGAACCUCAGUUGCUACUAAAUCAUAGUUUAAAAACAAAAGAAACCUAAUAAUGUUGUCAUUGUUGCUAUCUGAUUCCAUAGCAGCAGUCACUAAAUUGGAAACAAAGGUUGCAACAUGACAAAAAAAUUGUGUAGUAUUUACCAGCACCAUUCAGUAAUACAGCCUUAACCAUACCUCCUUGAACUACUUCAUAACUUGUCAAGAAAAGCAGUUUGCAGCAAACAAGGGCAUGUGGGAUGCACCUAGUAUUAAAAUUGCUUUGUCUUAAAAUUGAGAGUGAGGAUAUUAAAAACAUGUUGUGAAGAAGACUGCUUAUCUCAGAGCGAAGAUACUGUGGCUGAAAAUACUAGUUUGAUACUUAAGAUUUUAAUGACCAAAACCCUUCAACUUUGAAGCUGAAGAAGGUAAACCUCUCCAUUAUUACAGUGCAAGUGGUGGACGCUCCAGUCAUUGACUGUCUAGUUAUUUAUCGGCCUAUCUCUACUGAUGGAGGACUUCAGAUGGGGGAGGGAACUCUGUUUCUAUUUGCCUGAUUCAAGUGUCUGAGAAACAACUCUUUCUGUUCUAGGCUGCAACAGAAAUACUUAACAGGGUUUUGGCAUUUCCUUUUCUUUAUAAAACAUGCUCAGCAAACUGCGCCAGUUAACUACAGUUUGGUAAAUUGUUAUGUUAACAAUUAUGACAUCUGCAAUGUUUUAUAAAGCAACUAAUUUAAUAAAAUCACUAUUGUGAGGA